UGGAGGAUGCUCUCUCAGUUCGAAACGAGAAGUGAAUUGCGUUAGACCUGACAUCAAGUUUGAAACCAUCAUGAAUGUCAUUUUAUGCUGCGCAUUCAUUCUCACGAUCGCGGCGCAAUGUUCCGGUGUAUCCAGGAUCAGAGUGGAUCACUCAAAUUGGACUACUCGCUACGGCUAUGAAGACCAACAGGGGAUUAUCGCAAAACAAGAUACAGACGGUACAUGGAAAUAUCAAUCUCUAAGCAAUCCGGACUCAGAACCCCAAUAUUCUUAUUCAUCGAGAGCAACCAAAGAAGAGUAUGAUUCCGCCACUCAGAGGGCGGACUAUCAUCCGCAACAAUUUGAGGACAAACAAACUAAUAUACCAGUACAACCGAACCAGUCUAAUAGGCCGAGACAACCAACCAAUAACAUGGACCAGACAACUGAACCAAACGUUCCAUUACAGCAACCAACCAAUCAGCAAGCAAGACCAACAAAUUAUACGCCGAGACCAACAACAUAUAACUACAAUCAGAGGACUGAACCAGGCGUUCCAUUACAGCGACCAGUCAACCAGCCAAAUUAUCGUCAUAACCCUACAACCGAACCAACGACACAUCGCGUUUCUGAUUUCCCAGAGCAGCAAGGACAGCGACCGCUAAAUGGGAAUACAGUAGUUACAAUGGUAGAUGAUAAUUCAAAUGUGCUCGUGUACAACUCGGGUGGUCUACCACUUUACCAGCCCUCGAAAGACAACUCUUAUGGCUCUGCAUACCGUCCGAUAAACCGACCUAUAACUUACCAACCUAGGCCUGCGUAUCAACCUGGACGUUUACCUGAACCUAACCCAACAUACCGGCCUAACUACUACUCCUCAACAUACGAUGAUAGUAAUGGAGGCGUAUAUGUCAGCCAAUCAGUGAAUAAUGGUGGUCCAUUCCCCAAUUACGCCUACCAAUCAGUGAAUACUGGUGGUCCAUUCCCCAAUUACGUCCACCAAUCAGUGAAUACUGGUGGUCCAUUCCCCAAUUACGUCCAGAAUUAUGUUAAAUAUUAAAGUCCCUUAUUAAAGCUAAAUAAUCUUGUUUUAGGGUAAACUGCAAGUGUCAUAAAUUAGGAAAUUAAUACAUGAUUUAUAAAUAAUUAAAUAUUAAACCAAAA